AUGUUAGAAUAUUUGCCUGGAGAAGAUUCUAAAGAAUGGAUUAAAGAUUUUAGGCAAUAUUGUAAAGUAUCUAGACUUGAUCCACUUGCAAAUACUCGAACCAGAGUAAGAAUUCAUGGACUUUUUAAGACUUGUUUGAAAGGUGAUGCAAAAGAUUGGUAUGAAACAAGUCUCAAGAAUAAAAAUUGGGAAUUGCAAAAUAUUAGCGAUAAUACUAACUUGGCCAAUUUUGGAGCUAUUAAUGGAUUAGCUAACAAUAAUGCAUUGCAUAAUAUCAAUGCUAAUCAGUUUAAAGGCAGAGCUCUUCAAAUAAGAAAUACAGUUCCAACUGACAAUAAUGCAAUUGCUAUACCAUUAGUGCCAGCACAUAUUGUUUUCUAUGAAGAUUGGUCAAUAGCUGGUAGACAACCAACAGAUUUAGCCUCCAAUGCUCCCAAUGCUAAUGCAGGAGGUAAUACUAUUGCUCCUGAUCUUAAGAAAGAAUUAUAUGAUGUUUUCCAAGAUUCUUUUGAGAUUCUUUCAGAUAAUGCUAAAUUGCGGGGUAAAUACAAAAAACAAGAAAAAGAUUUUAACCAGGGAAGGAAUAAAUGGGAUCAGGAUAGAAAGAAGUGA